AUGGUGAAGAACAAUGAAGAGAGAAAGCCAAAAAAAGAGGCUUCUGACAAACAGCACUUGAGUCCACUAGGAUUUUCUUCUUCAUUUGUAGAUUCUUCAAGGGACAUUGUAGAAGCAGCAGCAACUAAGAAACCAAGAAUCCAGAAGAACACAUCUUCCAUGGCUUCUGAGACACUGCAGGUGGGUCCACUAGGAUUUUAUUCAACUGGAGAUUCAUUAAGUGACCUUUUGGAAGCAGAAACUAAGCAACAAAGAAUCCAGGAGAACACAUCUUCCAUGGCUUCUGAGACACUGCACUUGAGUCCACUAGACUUUUAUUCUUCAGUAGGAUAUUCAUCAAGUGACCUUGUGGAAGCAACAGCAACUAAGAAACCCACAAUACGCAAGAACACGUCUUCCGUGGCUUCAGAUACGCCGCAUUUGAAUCCGCCAGGAUUUUCUUCUUCAAUUGUAGAUUCGUCAAGUGAGUUUGUGGAAGCAUCAACUGUGUCUGAGAUAACACACACAAACGUUGGUAGAAAUCCCUCUGAUUCAUGGGAUGAUGAAGAAUACUCUUCUGUGGGAAAAACGUCUGUGCAGACCGGAGAUUGGGCUUUGUUGGCUCCAUCUAGCCAAGACCAGAACAACUCAAAGCUCACGCCAUUUCUUCCUCGAAGCUUUUCCUCUUCAGUAGCUCUUCUUCUUCUUCCAAGCAGAAACGGCAUAUCGCGGGCAGAACAAUAG